AUGAAUAGUAAAUAAAAGGCCUUUGCCUUAUUGUUACUGUUUAUGCUUUCAGGAGUGUAAGUGAUGACAUAGGAUUUGACAGAAGAACAAAGAAAGUUAUUAGAACAAUCUUAGGAAACUCAUGAAUUCUAAGCUGAAACAGGUAGAUUAAUGGAUAUUUUGAUAAAUUCUCUUUAUACAUAAAAGGAAAUCUUUCUUAGAGAAUUAAUAUCAAAUGCAGCAGAUGCUCUUGAUAAAAUUCGUUUUUUAAGUGUUAAGAAUCCUGAGAUAUUAGGAGAGAAGACAGAAUUAGCUAUAAGAAUAGAAAUAAAUACAGAAGAGAAAUCAGUUUCAGUGACAGAUAGUGGUAUAGGUAUGACAAAGAAUGAUUUGAUAUCAAAUUUGGGUACAAUAGCAAAAUCAGGAACAACUUAAUUUAUAGAGGCAAUAAAAGGUGGUAAUGUAAAUUUAAUUGGUUAAUUUGGUGUUGGUUUUUAUUCAUGUUUUUUGGCAGGAUAAAAGGUGACAGUAGCAUCAAAAAAUGGUGAUGAUGAUGAUUAAUAUAUUUGGGAGUCAUAAGCAGCACAUUCAUUUGCAGUAUCAAAAGAUCCAAGAGGAAAUACAUUAGGUAGAGGUACAUAAGUGACUAUUCAUUUGAAAUAAGAUGCAGUUGAAUUUGCAGAGGAAAGUACAAUUAGAGAAUUAAUAAAGAAAUAUUCUGAAUUUAUAAAUUUCCCAAUCUACUUAAAGGUAACAAGAGAAGUAUCAAAAUAAGUAGAAGAGGAAGGUGAAUAAUAAGAUUAAUAAGAUACUAAUGAUGAUGAUGAAGUAAAAGUAAAAGAUGAUGAUGAUGAUGCAGAUACAAAAAAGAAGGCAACAAAAACAAUAAAAGAAAAGGUUUCUGAAUGGGUUUAAGUAAAUGAGAAUAAAGCUAUUUGGUUAAGACCAAAAGAAGAAAUCUCGGAUGAUGAUUAUAAGAAAUUCUAUAAAGUAUUAUCUAAGAAUUCUGGUGAAGAUCCUUUUAAUUGGGUACAUUUUAAAGCUGAAGGAGAAGUUGAAUUUACAUCACUUAUUUAUAUUCCAAAAAGAGCUCCUAGUGAUAUGUUUGAUAAUUAUUAUGGUAAAUAGACAACAAACUUAAAAUUAUAUGUUAGAAGAGUUUUGAUUAGUGAAGAAUUUGAAGAUAUUCUUCCAAGAUAUUUAAGUUUUGUUAAAGGUGUUAUUGAUUCAGAUGAAUUACCUUUGAAUGUGAAUAGAGAAACACUUUAAUAACUUAAAAUGUUAAAAGUUAUUUCAAGAAAGAUUGUAAAGAAGAUUUUAGAAUUGUUUUAAGAUUCUGCUUCUUAUGAUGAUGAAGAUGAAGAAGAAACAGAGGAAGGAGAAGAAGAUGAUAAUAUGGCAGAAACUACUCCUGAGGAAUAAUAGAGAUUAAAAGAUGAGAAAAGAAAAAAGAAGAUUGAUGAAUAUAAUGAAUUUUGGAAAGAAUAUGGAAAGAAUAUUAAAUUAGGAGUUAUUGAAGAUUCUUCUAAUAGAUAAAAAUUAGCUGAAUUAACAAGGUAUUAUUAUAUAUACUAUAUUACGAAAUAUGUUUAUAAUGAUGACAACAUUAAUAUGGAUAAUAAAUAGAUUCAUUUCUAUUUAUUAAAUGAUCUAUAUAAACAGUCGUCUGAUUUAGCAUAUUUCUAAAUUAUUAUUAUCCAUAUAUUAAAUAUCAUUAUACCUAAUAUUUUAUUUUAGAUGGUAUUCAAGUAAGAAUUCAACUGAAUUGACCUCAUUUGAUGAUUAUAUUGAAAGAGCUAAACCAGGAUAAGAUUCGAUUUAUUAUUUGGCUGGUGAAAAUAAAGAACAAUUAUUGGCAUCCCCAAUUAUUUAAGGAUUAAUUAAAAAAGGAUAUGAAGUUUUAUUAUUAGAUGAUCCUGUUGAUGAAUUCACAUUCUAACAUCUAAAUGAAUAUAAACAAAAGAAAUUAGUUAAUGUUGGUAAAGGAGACUUCAAGUAACCUGAAGAUAAUGAUGAAUAAAGAAAAAAAUAAAAAGCUUUAAAGAAAGUAUUUUAACCUUUGACUGAUUGGUGGAGAAAAUUAUUAUCAGAAAAUGUUGAUUCAGUAGUUAUUUCCCAGAGAUUAAUUGAAGAUCCAAUUAUAGUUGUUUCUUCAGAAUCUGGAUAUUCUGCAAAUAUGGAAAGAAUAUCUAAAGCCUAAGCUUAUUCUAGUAAGGGGGGCAAUUCCUAACAAUUUGGUAAGAAGAUUGUUGAGAUUAAUCCAAAUCAUCAAGCAAUUUAAGAGUUAUUAUAAAGAGUCAAAGAUGAUCCUGAUUAAGAAACUGAAGAAAUGGCUAGAGUUCUUUAUGAAGCUGCUUUAGUCAAUUCAGGUAUGAAUUAUUAUUAUUAUUUAUUUAGGUUAUUCUAUUCCAAAUCCUGAAAAGUUUGCUAGUAGAUUUUAUAAAUUGUUUAAUUCAGCCUUAGGUAUCGAUAGAGAUGCAGCAAUAAAAGAGUUUGAAGUUGAAAUUGAAGAUGAACCUGAAGCAUCAUCUGAACCACCUGUUGAUUAAGAUGGAACCAAAUGGGAAAAAGUUAAUACAGAUGAUGCCUAAUGGGAAACUGUAAGUGAUGAUAAAAGAGAUGAUUUAUGAUUCAG